GCCGCCGGCGCCCGUGUCCCACCGAGGAUGGAGGCCAUCAAGAAGAAGAUGCAGAUGCUGAAGCUGGACAAGGAGAACGCCCUGGACCGGGCGGAGCAGGCGGAAGCCGAGCAGAAGCAGGCGGAGGAGCGGAGCAAGCAGCUGGAGGAUGAGCUCGCCGCCAUGCAGAAGAAGCUGAAGGGGACGGAGGAUGAGCUGGAUAAAUACUCCGAAGCGCUGAAAGAUGCCCAGGAGAAGCUGGAGCUGGCGGAGAAGAAGGCAGCGGACGCUGAGGCAGAAGUGGCAUCUUUGAAUCGCCGUAUCCAGCUGGUAGAGGAGGAGUUAGACCGAGCCCAGGAGCGCCUUGCCACGGCUCUGCAGAAGCUGGAAGAGGCAGAGAAGGCUGCAGAUGAAAGUGAAAGAGGCAUGAAAGUCAUUGAAAACAGAGCUCUGAAGGAUGAGGAGAAGAUGGAACUGCAGGAGAUCCAGCUCAAGGAAGCCAAGCACAUUGCAGAGGAGGCGGACAGGAAGUAUGAGGAGGUUGCUCGGAAACUGGUGAUCAUAGAAGGAGAUCUGGAGCGUACUGAAGAGAGAGCUGAGCUUGCAGAGUCUCGUUGCCGGGAGCUGCAGGAGCAGAUCAGAGUGAUGGACCAGAACUUGAAGUGUCUGUCUGUUGCCGAAGAAAAGUACUCUCAAAAAGAGGAUAAAUAUGAAGAAGAGAUCAAGAUCCUGACUGAUAAACUCAAAGAGGCGGAGACCCGUGCUGAAUUCGCUGAACGGUCUGUAGCCAAGCUGGAGAAGACCAUUGAUGAUUUGGAAGAUAAACUGAAAUCCACCAAAGAGGAGCAUCUCUGCACGCAAAGAAUGCUGGACCAGACCCUGCUAGACCUGAACGAGAUGUAAUGGAUCCCUGCCACUGCCUCUGCCACACGAUGCCCGGGGGGGCCAGCCCAGCCGCUGCUGACCUCUAACCCUUGGGGGCCAGAGUUUACUUUCUGUUGCCAACUUGACCAAACACAAAUCUUCUCCUUCGCCUCAGGGUUAAAGGCCAUCAGGUUGGGCAGAGCUUCAAACAGCAUUAUUAAGGGAAAUAAACAAUGCAAUAAUGUUUGGGGAGCAUGUUUGAGAUGUAUACAUUUUGUAACUACCUUUUUUUGUAGCAACCAUUGUAAACAUUCCAAAUAACUUGUGAGGCUGGUGAGCUACACUUCAAAGCUCUUGGCUUUAAAAUUCGGUAUUAACCUUCUGUUAAUCAGCUCUGGGCCACCCUGCUUUGGCAGGGGAGGAAAGAGGGUGUGAUGGUUCUGGCUGUGGGCCACUGAAUCAGAGUAGCUGGGCUAGGGAUGGAAGGCUGUUGGGAAAACUUCCUUUCCAGGAGCUGUUUGCCAAAAGAGCAGUUUCUCAGCUUUAAGGUAACUCUCUGUGUUGUGGAGAAGCAACUUGGGUGAAAGGAGACUUUUUUUUUUUUUGUCGAAGCCAAGCCUGUUAUCUGAACAAUUGAACCUUCACAGGGGUUGUUUCCCUUCCCCCCCCCCCCCCACUGUUGGCCACUUCCUUUCCUGGUAGGCUUAGAGAAGCCACGGCCCCUCUAACCCAUUGCUACACAGGGUUUGAAUUUGCCUUCACUAAGUGGUGAUGCACCAAGCUUUAUUGCUCAUUGCUGGGUUACACUUAACAGCUUAAGUACAACAGCCUUGUUGGAGAAGUUUUUUUUUUUUUGCCUACCCUGAGGGAGGGAACCGAGGUCUUCCCUCCUGGCCAGGAGUGCUCUUAAUGUCUUAAUAAGGUACAAGCCAUCUUGCUGUGCAUUGCUGAUGUGUAGUUGUUGUGAGGCGUGAGUGUGGAGAUGUGUCAAGCUCGCGGCGUGUAGCUUGUGGUUUGAGCAUGCUGCUUGGUUGUAGCAGUUUUAGGGGCCAAUCUGGAGAAAAGGAACCCUAUCAAGUGUUUUGAUACUAAAUUGAAAAAUUGUCUUACUGUCUUUUGAAAUAAAAACCAAUCCCUCCA